UGACAGGCGGGUGUGUAACCAUGGAGACGCUCCGCCCUCUCUCCGCAGUGACUUCCGCUUCCGGUGGUCCUGUAUUCAGUCGGUGGAACCGGGAUGUGAUCGGUGUGGAACGGGAAGGGAUCUGAUGGUGAAUUUCUGCUCUCAGGGCAGCGUCCAGGGAUUUCAUGUUGAGGAGGAACGUUUGCAGCAUCUUUAUUGUGAGAGGGAAGAGAAGUUCAAAGGUCGAUGAUGUCGGAGUCUAAUAAAGAGCUGGUUAACCUGGUAUGGGGAGAGAAGAAUGGCAAAGGCCUGGUGGACUCCAUCUUUAGCCGGUGGACGCAAGGAUUUGUCUUUAGUGACUCAGAACCGACAGCGUUGGAGCAAUUUGAAGGCGGCCCGUGUGCGGUUAUAGCACCAGUACAGGCCUUUCUGCUAAAGAAUCUGCUUUUUACUUCUGAGAAGUCCAACUGGAGAAGUUGUCAAGAAGAUGAGCAGAAGGACGUCUUGUGUCAAACUCUGUGCAACAUUCUAGAAAUGGCCGGCAUGAACCAUGCCAGCUCGUACUGCCUGGCAACCUGGCAAAAAGGGAAAACUACUCCACAACCAGAAAGGGAAGUUUCGGCAGAGAGCAGUCAGCAUGGAGAACAGCCCUCUGCCUUGGCUGCAGAGGAGAUUGGCUUUGAACGAUUUCAUGCAUUAAUUCAGAGGCGAUCGUUCCAAAGUUUUGCUGACUUAAAAACAGCCUUAUGGGAUGAGUAUUUAAUGUGGAGGAACAGGUUUGGAGUGCUGCUGUUCCUGUACUCUGUCAUUCUCACCAAGGGAAUUGAAAAUGUUAAAAAUGAGAUAGAAGAUGCAGAAGAGCCUUUGAUAGACCCGGUAUAUGGACAUGGCAGCCAAAGUUUGAUUAACCUUCUGCUGACUGGACAUGCGGUUUCCAAUGUGUGGGACGGCGACAGAGAAUGUUCCGGAAUGAAACUGCUGGGUAUUCACAGUCAGGCACACGUUGGAUUUCUGACAUUAAUGGAGUCCUUGCGGUACUGUAAGGUAGGCAAUUUCUUGAAGUCCCCCAAGUAUCCGAUCUGGGUCAUCGGCAGUGAGACGCAUCUAACCGUGUUCUUCACCAAGGAAUCAACACUUGUUGCCCCGGAGCCACCAGCAGAACAAGCGAGACGAAUGUUCCAAACCUAUGAUCCAGAAGAUAAUGGCUUCAUUCCUGAUGCUUUGCUAGAAGAAGUCAUGAAAGCGCUGGAUCUUGUGUCUGACCCUGAAUAUGUAAACCUCAUGAAGACCAAAUUAGACCCAGAAGGUCUCGGGAUCAUAUUACUGGGCCCGUUCCUCCAGGAGUUUUUCCCUGAGCAGGGUUCAAAAAUCCCCGAAUCCUUCAGCGUGUAUCACUACAAUGGAUUGCGGCAGUCCAGUCACAACGAGAAGGUCACUUACACUGAAGGAACAGCCGUCAUGGGUUUCGAAGACCCCCGACUACAGACGGAUGACACCCCCAUCAAGCGCUGUCUGCAAACCAAAUGGCCGUACGUAGAGCUUCUCUGGAACACGGACCGGCCGCCAUCAUUAAACUGACUUCGGACCAAUGACCAUUUACUACAAGCGAGGCUACUUUUAAGGGACACAACAUUUACUAUUAACUGGAAAUCCUCUAUGUUCAUAUGAAGGGUUAUGGUAAUAACUAGAGAUGAGCGAACUUACAGUAAAUUCGAUUCGUCACGAACUUCUC